GCAGGGCCCUGAACGCAGAGCUCCCGCCGCCUCUGACUCAAGUAUAUUUAGCCUCAUUAUCAAAUGUUUGCAGUGAACCGUGUGAACCUAAUAGCGGCUGGAAGUGAAACCCGAUUCCCAGGCAGAGAGCAGCACGUGACCACGCCUGAUCAGCAGGGGUCACCGCCCCCCAAGCCCAGCGGGCUGGGCAGUGUGCUGCCCCCAGGCGCCUGGCCCCACACGGAAGUCCCCUCUUGGACCUUGUCACGCAGCCCCUUCUCCAGAGACCGAAAUGAGGGCGGCUGGAGUCCGAACGGACCUGGUGUUGAGGAGGAACCAGGGUAUGGAGGGGUCCACACAGGAGUGGUUCCCAUCCAAGCUGGUGACCUCUCGGUCAAGUCGGUCCUACCGGCUCCAUUUUCAUUUCUCGGCCAGUUUCUUCCGAGGAUGGGGGAGGGUGGGGUGGGCUGGAGGAGGGGGUCCCUGUCUCAGCCCAGGGAGGGCCUUGGUGCUCUAACGCGAGAGGUGCGCCGAGUUUCCCUACGGCGGCUGUCGCGCGGCUGCACAAGUUUUUGCCACCCUCGCGGGCCGCUGUUGUCGUGGUCGCUAUGACGACGCGCCGCGUUUUAUUUUUAAUAGCGGCUGGCGAUUAGAGGGCGGCCUGCGCGCUACCGGCACGGUUCUUGAGUCCGGGGUGGGGGGUGUGCCCAGGCUCGCCCCUGCUUCCCGCCCUCUCUCUGGCCUGAGACUCCAGCGGAAGGCGCCCCCUUCCGCAUCCCCAGAUCUCCCCCGGUUCAAGUUCGAACUAGGCAUCCCCGAAGAGCCAGUCUGGGAAUGGGUGCAGAGGGAAGCACCCAUCCAGGCCGCUCAGAGGUGCCAGAGACCCCCCGGAGCUGGCGAUCCUCUCUAUGCAGAUAUUGGACCCGAGAGGGCCCCGCUUCCUCCAAAAGACAAACGACCUUUCCUCCUUCAUUCCCACACCCGCUAUCAAUCCCAGUCCUUAACCCCAAAAGAGCGUCCUUGGGUCGCCUCUGCCCGAGGGGAAUCCGAGGCUCAACGGGAUGAUGCCGUCAGGUCUCGGAUGAGCAGGGGACAGCUCGAACCGGGUCCAGCCAGAGUCCUGGCAGUGAGCGUCCGGCUGCCUUCCAGAAACUUCCAGUGCUCCCUCUCCGAUAGAAGGUUCCACCUGGACGGACAAGGACGGACUUUCACGUGCUUCUAAACGUUUCCAGGUUUGCCCGGUUCUGCCUCCGUCCUCCAUCCUGACCACCACUCCCGCACACUCGCCCACGGGGAGUUCGCAACGGCAUUGGGAGGCGGCAGGUGUGUGGAGGCCUGUGGAAGGGUGAGCAUAAACCCAGGUGGUCUGGGAACUGCAGGAGAAACCCCCCACCCCCAGGUAUUUGAGGGAAGGCGAGCGCUCCGAGGCCUCUCCGAACUCACUUUUGAAAUGCCAGGGACAGGCCAGCUAAGGAUGAAAGCCCGCCCGCCAGGCAGCGCCUUUACUGCCUUUGUCCAGCCGGGGCAAUGGGGGCGGAGGGGCAGGGCAGACGGCAUUCUCCUCUGCCGGCCACCCACCCACCGGGGCGUCUCAUAGCCUCCCAGGGCCUCGGCCGUCUAGCUUUGGGGUCUCGGCCCGUCAUUCCUCUAGCUGUGGUACGGGGACAGGUCCACCCCCUCGAGGGCCCGACCCCACCUGGUCUAGGAGGGCGGAAUCCACCCAGCGCGGGUGUACCCGCCCUUUCGUGGCGGGGAGCCCUCCAGCCGCGCUCAGGCCUGGGGCUCCCCGCGCGUCGUGCCCCCGCAUAGCGCUCUGUGCGGCGCCUUGGCCGGAGGUGGCGCUCUGUGCGCCCAGCGGAUCCCGGCGGCGCGGGAGGCUUACACUCCGGGGUUCCUCACCAGAGGCUCCUUUUUUUUCCUUCCCUCCCAACCCCUUGAGUUCCCGGCUCAGGCCGCAACCCUGCCUUCCACAAGCGAGUGGGGACUUGGGGGACGCGGGGUCGCAGGGUGGGGACGAGGCACGCUGCAGCCCCCCUCCUCCGACCUGGGCGCUCUCCCAUCGGAAUGUGGGUGGAGGUUCCUCAUUCAGACGCCCCAGGCAUCGGAUUGUGGGCGGGAGCGCGUGGCAGCCACCAGGAGCCCGGCUGCAGCGCCCGCCCCGCGGCCUCGCCUCCUCGCCGAGCCGCCAGCGCCUCGGGACGCGAUGAGGACCUGGGCUUGCCUGCUGCUCCUCGGCUGCGGAUGCCUCGCCCAUGCCCUGGCCGAGGAAGCCGAGAUCCCCCGCGAGGUAAUUGAGAGGCUGGCGCACAGUCAGAUCCACAGCAUCCGGGACCUCCAGCGACUCCUGGAGAUAGACUCCGUAGGGGCUGAGGAUGCUCUGGAAAGCAGCCUGAGAGCCCAUAGCGGCCGUGCCACCAAGCGCACACCUCAGAAGCCACCUGUGCCCAUUCGGAGGAAAAGAAGCAUCGAGGAAGCUGUCCCCGCCGUCUGCAAGACCAGGACGGUCAUUUACGAGAUACCUCGGAGCCAGGUGGACCCCACGUCUGCCAACUUUCUGAUCUGGCCUCCGUGUGUGGAGGUCAAACGCUGCACUGGCUGCUGUAACACGAGCAGCGUCAAGUGCCAGCCCUCUCGCGUGCACCACCGGAGUGUGAAGGUCCAGGCCUCCAGCGAACAAAGAAGGCUUGUCUGCUGCCUCAGUUUCCUUAUCUGUCAAGCUGAUGUACUGUGCCCUCGCAGGGCAGCUGGGAGCGUUACAGCGACUGGCACAGGGGCUGUUAAUGCUGCUGUUUCUCUUGGUGAUGACGCUCUGCCUGACCCUGGCCCCAGCACCUGGGGCGUCCUCGGCAGGUGUGGCUGUCCCCAGCCCUCCUGGGUGGCGUCCUGUGUUGUGGUUAUGGCGGCCCAGCCUGGGAUGCUGGUGGCCAAGGUGGAGUACGUCAGGAAGAAGCCAAAGUUAAAAGAAGUGCAGGUUAGGCUGGAGGAGCACCUGGAGUGCACGUGCACGACCGCCAGCCCGAACCCGGAGUUCCGAGAGGAGGAGACCGGAAGGCGUAGGAGUCAGUAAAAAAGCGGAAAAGAAAGAGGUUAAAAACCCACCUAACGAGCCAACCAGAUGUGAGGUGAGGCUAAGCUAGCUGCCCUUUCCCGGGACACGGAUGUACAUGGCGUGUGACAUUCCUGAACCUACUUGUACGGUGCUUAUCACCCGCGUACGGUCUUUGUUCUCCUCCGUGAAAAACUGUCUCCCUGCGCACUCUGGAGAACAAAGAGACAGUGUACGUUUGUUUAAUGUGACAUCAAAGCAAGUAUUGUAGCACUUGGUGAAAACAAUAAGGAGCUUCCUUGUCAAAAAGAGAGCAAACAAGACCAUGCAAACUCGGCGGUGACACUGACUCACAACGUACCUGAACAGCUGCGGGGACGUUCGGAGGGGCACCCAGGGGGCCGUGGCCCACGCGCCAGCACAACGGGAUUCUGUCCAGGUGGCCACAGGUGCUGCUGCCGAGGACACGGAGCCUGGUUUCCCUGGAAGCCGGUGCAGUGCGGCGUGCUCUGCGGGCCUAGGGCCAGGAGUGCCACGGAUGCCACCACGGGACUAUAGAAAGCACGUCUCCUUGCUGUAGUGUUUAAGUCUAUACAGAAACCUUCUGAGAGCCUUAAGUGGGUUUUUUUUUACACCAUAAAGUGAUUAUUAAGCUUUCCUUUUUACUCUUUGCCUAGCUUUUUUUUUUUUUUUAAUUAUCUCUUGGAUGACAUUUACACCGAUAACACCAGGCUGCUGUAACCGUCAGGACAGUGGGACGGUGUUUCUCCUAGCGGGAUGCAAACAAAUGAGAUGUAUUAAAAUAAACAUGGUAUACCUA